GUGCGAAGCGAGAGAUUGAACGUAUCGCGUCUCGACGAACAAGAUAAAGAGAAAGAGAGAGAGAGAGAGAGAGAGAGAGAAAGAGAAAAAGGAAGAGGGUGAAGAAGACAAAACGGAUCAAAGGUGCAUAGAGAAGAAGUCAUAUGGGAUGAUGGUGAUACGAAUAAUGGUCAGUAUGACGAUCGACGUUUGCGAUGCAACGUGAUCGCGACAGAGCUUACGUCGCGUCGCACCGAAUCGCCGAGGAGCCGGAAUCGUGAGGAAGAGGACCAUCGAUGUCGCUAAGAGGUGGGAGAAGGUCGCGGUAAAAUAUUUGGCCACGGAGAAGAGGGGGAAAAUCGACAUUGAACGGCGACUCCAAUAAGUAGGAAGGGCGUGUGACGAUCACGGGUAGAUACCAAAGAAUCCGACGUGCACGUGAACUAGUGAUGAUGACCCUUUCGCGAAAUCAAAAGUGUACCGGUUCUAGUUACUAAACAAGGAGUUGGUGCCGGUCAUAUAUAUAUUCAGAGCGUGCUUCCGGCACGCCACCUCACACUUCUGGUCAUAUGUAAACAAGAGUCAAAUAAAAUAUAUAUGCAUAUACAUUAAAAUCUCCACAAGUGAUACUGAAGAUGUAUCGGGGAACGACAUUAAUCCUGUUGUGUCUUUCAAUGAGUACGCUAACGUACUCGCAAUUAUUCAGUGCCGAGAAACUCAGGCGGUACGCGAAAAUUUUGAAAUUUAACACGUUUAACAUCAACGAGACCGGAAACGAGCUCUGGCACGGGCUCUUCAGGGACUGUAACAAAAAAGUGACAUUUUCUUGCAUACAAAAAAAUGCAUACACGUAUCUUGACAAUGCAUUCACCAAAAGGGACAAUAUCACUAUUUUCGACGGUCUUAUACUUACAAAAAAUAAUGUCACUUACGACACGUGUCCUAAAAUAGAAAAUCGUAACGAUAUUCGUGAGAAUCUCGUGGAUGUCGAUACGGAUAACUGUAAAAAUAAAGCGGCCGAAGAAGCAAAAGCAGAAGGUCGAAAGUUUGGUGAUGAAUCACCACUUGAAGAAAUUACGAAUGCUCUGCGGCAGAAAACAGUGAAAUUUUUGUCAACUCGUAAUUAUGAAAUUCAACUUCCGCAGUUUUUCUUUGAGGGUGCCACGAUGAAGAUAAGCCCGCGCGAGAUAGACGAGAACGGCGCGCUCCUCAGGGUAGAUUUUGGAACGAAUGGUGUACAAGAACAAGGACGAAUUUUUAAAAAAAUCAAGAAAUUCAUACAGAAUAAAUUGUUAAUCAGCUUUCUGGCACUUCUUUUAAUUAUCAAGUUAAUUAAAGUAAAGUUUUUGUUCAUAAUUCCAUUUCUCUUCGGUGUGGGCACUGCCAAGAAACUUUUCUUAAAACUGGUGCUCUUCUUCAUUCCCGCGUUCGCUCACAUAUUCAAGCUUUGCUCCAGCUACUAUACGAGCCAUGCCACCAAGUUCCAUCAUCAUCAUCAUCAGAUUGCUCAUCACCAUCAUCACGUGCCGGUUCCGGUGGCCGUCCCAACAUAUUACGAUCAUUCUCAUAACACCUUAGACGAUUUGUCUGAGUUCUCUCAUCCUCAUAUUCAAUAUCGGAAGGAUUUGGAAGAACUGAAGGAAUGGGGCAUCGAGCCUCAUAAUGAAGCCUAUGAAGAGGCCAGUCAACCUAUAAAUCGCAUAGUACCAUCUCCGACCUCAGUUUCGGGAGCUAUGUACUCGGGCCCGUACGGAUUGCCACAAUAUGCGCCGAACGUAAAGCCAAUCGCGUCAACUUAUCUGGACAAUUCGAUGGCGGCUAGUGCCCACAAUUUGGCUUAUUCCGGAUAUCGACGACCCGCGGCACAGCCAACUUCCGCGGCUGUACUUUCGAUGAAUCCGAUAAAGGCGCCGAUGAAGAAUCCUUACGCGAUAUUUGCGCCAAACAUACGCCCAAACAUUCAUCAUCAGCCCCAGAGGUUCUUGACACCUGUCGCAUCUGCCAAGAGUUCCUCUAUAUCGAUCUCACGACAGGACAUGGAAGACGAGUAUUACAGUCCGAUAAUCGCUCGACUGGAGGAUAUCUUCGGGCAAUUGAGAUUCUAUGAAGAAACGUGCAGAGAGAUGCUCGUUUGUAGCAUGUACAAAAAUCCGGCGGGCUACUCGCCGCAUAGUAACCUCGUGUCGAACGAGCUUUCCAGAGAUCCGCAAGAACUCAGGCGUGAUGUAACAGGAAGUACGUCGAGUCAAAAGUUCUACAGAUAUGUGAACGCAGCCAGACAUGGUCAAGAUGGUGGAGAUUGCCUCAAAACGUAUCCAUGUCAUAAUAAUAUCGAAUAAAUUCUCCAUAGUGUGGAAUUUAUAGCCACUUGCAUAAUCUGCAGUUAAAACAAUGAUGAAUGUUUUAUCAUCCCGUACAAAUACUACUGGACAUAUAUAUUUGCUCAAUGAGGCCGAAGAAAUUACAUUAGAAGCUCAGCGUCGCAACGUUGCGUAAUAUCUACUAUAAGAUCGACGAUAUAUACUGCCAUGCAUUAAUUUAUAAAUAAUAUUUAUAUGUUUGAGACGUGCGUGAACUCGUAUAAAAUCUAAUUUUCCUAUUAGAAAAGAAAUUGGGGUGCCCUGCAGACAGAUCCACCCGUCGUACUAAUCCUAGCAAUUAAUUUAGUUAAUAAGAUGCUGAUCAAUACGUUGAACGUAAUACCUUGUAAUUUAUGCCAAUUUUUCAAAUUUAAUGACCGAAUUUAGUAAGAAGUAAAGUCAAUGAAUUUUGUGAUGGCGUGUCAAAGUUUUUAUAGUUUAUUGACGCGUUGUCAACAAGAUCACUGUCUUCAAGAAUAAUAUCGUUAUUAAAUAUAAUUAGAUAAUAGAAAGAUUCAUAUAAUGUUGGAUUAUGUGGCAUUUUAUGAGUUAAGCGAGCUUUAUAAUUUUUAGAUAAUUUCU